CCGCGGCCAUUCCUGGUGUGUACCCCAAGGGCUUUACCUUUAAAAGCUAGUUUUCACGUAAGCCUUUAAACAAACAUAUUACUUGGACACUCACAAUUUCUUCUCUUUUGUUUUAUGAUACGAACGAAGACACAUACUUCAAUUCCGAUCUGGUCUGCGACAGGGGAGAAAGAGAUGGGGUACUUUCUGAGAGUUAGGUUAGCAUCUUUCUUUGCAGGUGCUGCAACUGCGUCCGCCGUUGGUCUAUUGGUCCUUUACAGGGAUUACAAAGUGGCUCAGGAAUCCAUCUCUCAGCAGAUGAAAGGCCUCUUUGAGUCUCUGGAUGGACGUAUCUUAUCUUUGGAGAAGUUGAAAGAAGCUGAGGCUCCUCAGCAUGUGGAAACCACUGAGUAGAUGUCACGGAGAUUUGGUUUGUCAGCUCAUUGAAAUGUUUGUUAUCAACAUGCCAACUGCAUGCCUUU